AUGGGCUCUCGCUUGCGGCGUGCCGCAUUGGAUGCGCGGCAGCACCGCAGUGCUUUGAGGAGGCUAUUGGCCAGCCUUGCAGAGCCCACAAGUGAACAGCGCCUGGAUCAACUUCGCGCUGCCCUCCGUGAUGAGACGCAAGCGGCCUCGUCCUUGCCGUUGACCCUGCAGGCCCACCCCAGCGAGCCAACUGGCAGCGGUACGGCAGCACGGAAACGACCCUUUGACUCGGUGGAUGCAGAGGAUCCUGUCACGUUGAUGGCACGCUUUCGGCUUUUGCUGCCUGAGGAGGAGUCUUUCACCAUUCUGGCCGUGGCAGCAGAUCCUCAAGGUGCACAGGGUGUGGUGGCCGUGCUUCUGUCUUCGGGAACGUUGGAACUGUGGAAGGCGGACCCUUUCUGUUGGCACCUCGCGAGUAGCAUCAAGGUGCCACUGCUUCACUCGCGACCUCACGGAACUUUGACCUUUAGCAGGAGUGGGAACCACCUAUGGCUUGUCACAUUCGGUGAAGGACCGCUGCACACCCGUCUUUUCGAGUGCAUGGGAGGUGUGCUGCGGCUGCUGGGCGUUUUGCAGGGUCCAUCGCAGGCCUUACGCGGUUUGCCCGCGCUGCUGUCACCCAAUGGCCUGGCCUUGGGGAUGAAUGAGCUGCACGUUCUCCGUUGGACAGGUGAAGCUCUGGAGAUUGUGUCCAGCUCUCAAGCAGCUCCGAGGUUUCGCAUUUGGCCACUGCCUCCGGUCGGUGAAGAGCCAAGCCACUGGCGACUGCUGAUGCACCAUGAAGGCCAAGGACCUCUGAGCAUCCUGCGGCUGAGCAACGGUCUGGGGGAAACCUUGGCUUCAGUGCAGGUGGCGGCUUCCAGUGUGGUGGUGCCUCCCCAGGAUCUAAAUCCACAGUGCCCGAGCUCUUUCUUGCUGCUGAUUGCAUCGACGGACUGGACCUUGCACAGUGCCACGGUGAUGGACGGGCACCUGGAAGUGAAGCGCCUGGCCAUGCUGUCGCCCGCAGAGGAAGUGGAGGUCUGGGCGGUGUCCGAAGGCUCUGUGGCCUUUGAAUCGCAUGGAAGCUUCUGGUUGCUGGAUUGGCAGCCCCGGCAGCUGCAUGCGCUACCGCCGGAGUGGCGUCCCGUGGCCAUGAGGAACGGCCUGCUGAUCUUGGAACGGGGCAGCUGCGAGAUGCUGCCAGCAGCAGAACUGUGCCCUGAGAAGCCCGCAGCGCCGACGCAGAUGAGCCCCUGGCAUCCCCCGGAGAGAGCCUUGGCAAGUCGCCAUUCGGGCGCAGGUCCGGCUCAUUUCCCGCAUCUUAGCACCGCCCGAGUGCUGUGCGUGGACACCAAGGUCGCAAGAAGUGAAGAUUUACAGUGGAGGACUCUGGAGGCAGGCUCCUGGAAGACUGGCGACCGCUGGACCCCAGAGGAGAGUCAUGAGUCACGAGUCAGAGCGCGCGCAAAUCUUCAGCGCCUUUGCUGUUCACCGUCGGCCAUGCGAUUGUUGUUGGCCAGUGCCAUGGCCUGGGAUUACGUGAAUUUGAGCGACAUGCUCCAGCUGAAGCAAUGUGCUUGGCUCAGGUCUUUUGUUCCUGCCUAUGGCCAAAUAGACGUGCAAACUAUGCCAGGAUCACCCCUACGAAGUUCUACGAUCCUACCCUGCAAGGGGGGGAAGAUGCGACCUACUCUGGGCCCCGCGAACGAUGGCAUGGUUUCGAUUGGUUUCGUGGCAGUCGUCCAGGUGGAUGGCUCCGCACCGCCGGGCAGGGCCUUGCGCGCAGCUCUGGACAGCUACGUGACACGUGCAGGCCAGGAUGCCAAGAGCUUUGCAGCGCGGCGGCAAAGCUUUGGGAAUCUUAAGGCCAAGGCAUGGCGUUCGGCGGAAGGGGCGCUGCCGCAGCGGUGGCACCGGCUUUUGGCGCAGCGCGGUGUGGAAGGGACGCUGGAGCAUGCUGGAGCUGAUGGAGCUGAUGGAGCGAUUGGCAGUACCAGUGGUUACCAGUGCAAAGGACACUUGCGCCCGUGGUGGCCAUGCGCGUUGGGUGCGGCUAAAACGAUGAAAUCUACGACUUUGAAGGUGAUGCCACAACUGCAUGACCGAGAGUUCUUCGACUUUUCGCCAGAGCUGCCUCUGCGGCCAGAAGCGCAGAAAAGAGCAAAGGGUGCUGAGCCGCAACCUCUUGUACCGGCAUUGCCUACGGUGCCGGUGAAGACCGAGGGCUCAGUGAGACGCUUGGUGAAGGCAGAGGUGGUGGACGUGGAAGAUGACAAUGGGCUCCCGCCGGCACCUUUUCCAGUGAGACACAAGCGGACAAAGACGGAGGCUGGCAUAGGGGAUCAACCUCCAGCAAAACGAAAGAUGGAGGACGAUGACGAGUGA